AUGCUCUUCGCCAUCUCCACGACGACGAGCGCGCUCGCGGCCGCGCCGACGCGCGUCCCCGCGAGGCGCCGCGCCGCUCGCGUCGCGACGACGACGACGACGCGCGCGACGACGACGACGACGACGACGACGACGACGACAUCGGAGGAUAACGCGUCGACGGCGUCGACGUCGCGCUUCCUCGCCGCCGCGCUCGCCGCCGCGACAAUCGCGACGACGGCGUGCCUCUCCGCCCCGGCGCCGUCGACCGCGAACGUCGGGUACGCGAACGACUGCGACCCGAUAUGCCACGUCCUGGACGACGGCGCGGCGAAGAGCAAGGCGCAGGAGGAGGCGUUCAAGAGGGAAGGGCCGCCGAUGGGCGACCUGAUGGCGCAGCUCCAGGCGCAGCGGAAGGCGGAGGAGGCGGCGGCGGCGAAGGCGGCGCCGAAGAAGGACGGCACGAAGUUUUGA